AUCUCAGUGCUCAGUCCCCCUUAGGCCCACUGCUCCUGGAAGACGGACCGAGCCGCACAGACAGUACCUACUUCUCAUCUUUAAUCAUGUCUGCAAACCGCCUCUCGCGACUUCCUCCGUGGGCAAGCCGCUGGCUCGGCUACCGCGCGGAGCCCUCCGCACCGCUCCCCGCCUACAUUGUCUACGCUUGGUCCUUCAUCGCAGCCUUCAGCGGCCUCGCAGUCCUGCAAUCCUUAUUCCACUACUCGCACUAUUUCACCGCGCGCCAUGUGCCCGGCCUCGUUGCCUCAUACGGCGCCUCCGCUGUCCUCGUCUACGGCACGCCGCACCUCCCACUGGCUCAGCCGCGCUCUCUCGUCGGGGGACACUUCCUAGGCGCGCUCGUCGGAAUCUGCAUCACGAAGCUGUUCAGCCUGAUGCCAUCGGAGACGCAGUUCGAAUCGCUACGGUGGCUGGCAGCGUCGCUGUCGACAGCCGUGGCCAUCGUUCUCAUGCAAAUGACCGAGACAAUUCACCCGCCCGCGGGCGCUACGGCACUCAUGCCCGCCCUCGACCACGCCAUAUGGGAGCUUUCGUGGUAUUUCCUGCCCAUCGUGCUGCUCUCCUCGACCCUGGUGCUAGCCGUUGCGCUGCUGUUCAACAAUGUCCAGCGCGUAUAUCCGGUAUUUUGGUUCGUGCCUGCGCCACCGCCGUCGCCGCCGUCCCCGCAGCCUGUGGAGGGGGAGAGGCUUUCGGCGGAGAAUGAUGCCGAGAUGUUGGGUGUUCAUGUGGAUGAGAAGUGUUAGAGAAGUAGUAAUGCUGUGGCUGGAGCGGGAGCGUGGGCAAAAAGUGAUUUUGGGGAGUCUGGAGUUGGGUGUUGCUGUCAAACAAAAAGUUAUAGAUUCAGGAUAUUUGAGCGAUUACAUCUACAUACAUGGCUUAGGUCACUUCACCUCCAGUCAUUUCUCAGCGCAGUAACGGAGCACAACUACGUGUUUUCUCCCCAUCAGGUGAAAUAUCUCACGCACCUCAUUUCCCAGCCACUCCAUCCACGCAGCAGUAAAAAAAAAAAAACUCUACACCCAAAUCCUUGCCAGGCAUACGUAAUCGGAGAAAUGUCAUCAGUGGUACAAUCUCCGAGGCCUCCUCGGAGAUCCUACGGCGGGCUAGAGCGGCCGGUCGCGCGAGCUAAUGAGCAGGCUACGGCGGGGUAAUACGGCAAGAACCGCGGAACCACCGAGCGUGGAUUCGGCGUU